AUUCUCUUACAGUCGUAUAAUUAUUAUCAAUUGAAAGUAGAAAUGAAAUAGAGUUUUAUUUUAUUCUUAAAAUAUUUUCCAUGAAUUAUCUUACUACAAGAAUAAUAUCUUAGAUUUAUAAUACAAAUUUAGGUACAACAUUACUGAAUUGCCAUCACGUAAUCCAUUACGUUAUUCUGGAGAUUAUAAAUUUUCAUGUGAAUACUUGCCUCCUUAAAGUUUCAAAAAAAAAAAAAAAACUUGCCUCCUUCCGAAAUUCUAAGCUUACAUUUUAUUUGGGCCAAACUAGUUUAAUAAACUUGAUACGUCUGCAAAUUUACUCACAUUUUUAGUGGAUGCCAUCUAUGUAGACUUUUAAAAAGGUUGUUGUUUUCGUAAAAGGCCAACUCAUACAUUUUUAGUGGAUGACGUCUUGUGUGUAUGUGUUGGUGUGGGGAUCUAGAAGACGUCAAAUCACAUUCACAAUGGCACUAAUUCUCUUAAAUCCUAUAAGUACAUGUUGUUCUGAUUUUAUGUCUUCAUUAAAUCAGCAUUAACAAAUCCGAUCACCCGGCCCAAAGCAAGCUCAAACUUGUCAAUCCCCACAUCAGCACAUACACACAAUCCUAUCAAACACUAUUUCCUUAUUCUGAAACGUUUAAUCUUUCAAACUUAUUCUUUGUUUCUUCUGAAUUCUUAAAGAAGCAAUCGAGAUGGCCCGGAUUUCAGCAGACCCACUUAUGGUUGGAAGAGUGAUCGGAGACGUUGUGGACAGUUGUUUGCAGGCAGUGAAAAUGACUGUGACUUAUAACUGCGACAAGCAAGUCUACAAUGGCCAUGAACUUUUCCCUUCUGCAGUUACAAACAAACCAAAGGUUGAAGUUCAUGGGGGUGACAUGAGGUCAUUCUUCACUUUGGUCAUGACUGAUCCUGAUGUCCCAGGACCUAGCGAUCCUUAUCUCAGGGAGCAUUUGCACUGGAUUGUUACCGAUAUCCCAGGGACAACCGACGUGACAUUUGGAAAUGAAAUAGUAGGGUACGAGAUGCCUCGGCCAAACAUAGGGAUCCACCGAUUUGUGUACUUGCUUUUCAAGCAGAACCGUAGGGGAAGUGUUGUUUCUGUGCCGUCUUACAGAGACCAGUUCAACACUCGUAUGUUUGCACAUGAUAAUGAUCUCGGUCUACCCGUUGCAGCAGUUUUCUUCAACUGUCAGCGUGAGACCGCCGCUAGACGCCGUUGACUGACUUCCGCCGCCGCCAUACCUAGCUUUAUCCGUUCCCGGACAAUAUCGGUUGUUCCAUCCAUUCUACAUCUUAGUUACGGGAAGCUCUAUAUUAUCAUGUUCAUAUAUGUGUGUAUUGUACUGUUUGUGAUUUGAAUAAUUAAGCUUGUUAUUUCUUGUUAUGGUCUAUUUAAUAUGUUGAUGGAUAUUUUUGGUAUUUUAAUGUAAACAUAUGCAUAAACAUAAUUGAUA